AUGACGAAGAAUCUGGAUAAGUACCAAAAUCUUAAAUAUCGAGUUAAGAGUUUGGUUGUUCUUGCAAGAUGUGGGUUGAAAAAAAAUCAUUUGAAGAAGCGAUCAUUUUUAUCAUUAAACGUCGAGUCUAAAAAACUGAAGGUUAUUCACUCUAUUAAAUACGAACGGUAUUCGUCUACGUCAAGUGAUGAUGAUGAUGAUGAUCACUAA